AUGAAGCAAUGGGCCUGCCUCUUCAGCCUACACGGUGGUGACUGCAUGGUGAUGGCUGGUGAUGACAAUAUAGGAUAACAAAAUACUGAUGAUUUAUUCCUAACAGUGGACAUCGCCCAUAGACUUUCAGUAAUAUAAUGUAUUCGAUGUCUGUGGCCGUGUCUCUAGGGGUGUGUCCGUUUGAGCAGGUGCUUGCUCUCCCACCCUCCCCCUCUGAAAAGUCCUGCCUCUUGAUCACGCAGCCAGAGAGAGAGAGAGAGAGAGAAAGAGACAACACUGUACAUAGCCAUAACAUAACAUUUUAAAUGUCUCUAUUCUUUUGAAACUUUUGUGAGUGUAAUAUUUACUGUUAAUUUCUGAUUGUUUAUUUCUCUUUUGUUUAUUAUUAAACACAUACCUGGAGGUGACAGCAUUCCCUCCCCCAUGUGCCCCCCUAGGCACAACUACGACAACAUAACCAACAAAAACGGGUCACAACUCCUGCAGCUCUGUCGCACGCUGAGUAUGUACAUAGUCAAUAGUAGGCUUCGAGGAGACUCCUAUGGUAGGUACACGUAUAGCUAAUCUAUUGGCAGUAGUACUGUAGCCUACUUUAUCACUGACCUCAACCCAGAGUCUCUCAGAGCGUUCACAGUCAGCCCACUGACACUCCUAUCAGAUCACAGCAAAAUCACAGUCUACCGUAUUUUCCGCACUAUAAGGCGCACCGGAGUAUAAGCCGCAGCAGCUAAAUUGAAUGAUGUGUACAUAUAUAAGCCGCACUGGACUAUAAGCCGCAGGUGUUUUAAUGUUUAAUUACCAUAUGUAAGGGUUCGUGCACAGAGGGGAUUGUCGGGAAAGAGAUGGCUGCUUGAAAACUUCCUUUGCACAAACUGUCUCGCUCUCGUAAUGUCUGUCUGUCUUGCUCUCGUUCUGUCUCUCGUUCUGUCUCUCGUACCACUCUCGGUUCCACUUUUACUUUUGCGCGCUACCUGUCUCACUCUUUUCCGGCCUCCAGCUUUUCCUGCUGGAGCCCGCCGCUUAAAGGUGGGGGGCGCGGACCGGUCAUAGAGCCCAUAGAGUUAAAGUUGGUGGACUGUAACCUGUAAAAUCCAUAGAUUUAGGAGGUCUUCUAGUGGCCGUUAGCUGUAAAAAUCCAUAGAUUAGCCGCACCGUUAUAUAAGCCGCAGGGUCGAAAAAUGGGAAAAAAGGCGCGGCUUAUAGUCUGAAAAUUACGGUACUUGAACAGAGCAAUACUCAAUCAUGAGGCAUCAAAGCCAAAGGAACUGAAUAAUAUUAAGAUAUGCUAUAGAUGGAAGGAAGGUAGUGUAGAAACCUACCAAAAAACUAUUAGGCAACAAGAAAUUCAAUCCCUUUUAGACAACUUCCUGGACAAAACGUUUCACUGUAAUAGUGAAGAUGUAAACUUGGCAGUAGAAAACCUAAACAGUAUAUUUGACCUCUCAGCGUCCCUAUAAAAUCAAAAAAAUUCUAACAGAAAACCAAAGAAAAUUUAUAACAAUGACAAAUGGUUUGAUGAAGAAUGCAAAAACCUAAGAAAGAAAUUGAGAAACCUAUCCAACCAAAAACAUAGAGACCCAGAAAACCUGAGCCUACGGCUUCACAAUGGUGAAUCACUAAAACAAUACAGAAAUACACUAUGGAAAUAGAAGGCACAGCGCGUUAGAAAUGUAAGAAUCCAUAGACUCUAACCACUUCUGGGAAAAUUGGAAAACAAACAACAACACAAAGAGUUAUCUAUCCAAAAUGGAGAUGUAUGGGUAAACCACUUCUACAAUAUUUUUGGCCCUACAGCAAAAACAUAUACAUGAUCAAAUACAAAUCUUAGAAUCAACUAUUAAAGACUACCAGAACCCACUGGCUUCUCCAAUUACAUUGAAUGAACUACAGGACAAAAUACAAACCCUCCAACCCAAAAAGGCCUGUGGUGUUGAUGGUAUCCUCAAUGAAAUGAUAAAAUAUACAGACCACAAAUUCCAAUUGGCUAUACUUAAACUCUUUAACAUCAUCCUUAACUCUGGUAUCUUCCCCAAUAUUUGGAACCAAGGACUGAUCACCCCAAUCCACAAAAGUGGAGACAAAUUUGACCCCAAUAACUACCGUGGGAUAUGCGUCAACAGCAACUUUGUGGAAAGUCCUCUGCAUUAUCAUUAACAGCAGACUCGUACAUUUCCUCAGUGCAAACAAUGUACUGAGCAAAUGUCAAAUUGGCUUUUUACCAAAUUACCGUACGACAGACCACAUAUUCACCCUGCACACCCUAAUUGACAAACAAACAAACCAAAACAAAGGCAAAGUCUUCUCAUGCUUUGUUGAUUUCAAAAAAGCUUUUGACUCAAUUUGGCAUGAGGGUCUGCUAUACAAAUUGAUGAAAAUUGGUGUUGGGGGAAAAACAUCCGACAUUAUAAAAUCGAUGUAUACAAACAGCAAGUGUGCGGUUAAAAUUGGCAAAAAACACACACAUUUCUUUCCACAGGGCCGUGGGGUGAGACAGGGAUACAGCUUAAGCCCCACCCUCUUCAACAUAAAUAUCAACGAAUUGGCGAGUGCACUAGAACAUCUGCAGCACCCGGCCUCACCCUACUAGAAUCUGAAGUCAAAUGUCUACUGUUUGCUGAUGAUCUGGUGCUUCUGUCCCCAACCUAGGAGGGCCUACAGCAGCACCUAGAUCUUCUGCACAGAUUCUGUCAGACCUGGGCCCUGACAGUAAAUCUCAGUAAGACAAAAAUAAUGGUGUUCCAAAAAAGGUCCAUUUGCCAGGACCACAAAUACAAAUUCCAUCUAGACACUGUUGCUCUAGAGCACACAAAAAACUAUACAUACCUCGGCCUAAACAUCAGUGCCACAGGUAACUUCCAUAAAGCUGUGAAUGAUCUGAGAGACAAGGCAAGAAGGGCCUUCUAUGCCAUCAAAAGGAACAUAAAAUUCGACAUAUCAAUUAGGAUCUGGCUAAAAAUACUUGAAUCAGUUAUAGAACCCAUUGCCCUUUAUGGUUGUGAGGUCUAGGGUCCGCUCACCAACCAAGAAUUCACAAAAUGGGACAAACACCAAAUUGAGGCCGAUACCCGCUAUUUAUCAAAGCCAUUAAAUUCUACAACCACCUAAAAGGAAGAGAUUCCCAAACCUUCCAUAACAAAGCCAUCACCUACAGAGAGAUGAACCUGGAGAAGAGUCCCCUAAACAAACUGGUCCUGGGGCUCUGUUCACAAACACAAACAGACCCCACAGAGCCCCAGGACAGCAACACAAUUAGACCCAACCAAAUCAUGAGAAAACAAAAAGAUAAUUACUUGACACAUUGGAAAUAAUUUACAAAAGAAACAGAGCAAACUAGAAAGCUAUUUGGCCCUAAACAGAGAGUACACAGUGGCAGAAUACCUGACCACUGUGACUGACCCAAAAUUAAAGAAAUAUUUUACUAUGUACAGACUCAGUGAGCAUAGUCUUGCUAUUGUGAGUGGCCGCCGUAGGCAGCCCUGGCUCUCAAGAGAAGACAGGCUAUGUGCACACUGCCCACAAAAUGAGGUGGAAACUGAGCUGCACUUCCUAACUUCCUGCCAAAUGUAUGACCAUAUUAGAGACACAUACUUCCCUCAGAUUACACAGACCCACAAAGAAUUUGAAAACAAAUCCAAUUUGGAUAAACUCCCUUAUCUACUGGGUGAAAAACCACAGUGUGCAAUCACAGCAGCAAGAUUUGUGACCUGUUGCCACAAGAAAAGGGCAACCAUUGAAGAACAAACACCAUUGUAAAUACAACCUAUAUUUAUGAUUAUUUAUUUUCCUUUUGUACUUUAACUAAUAUAACAUAUGAUAUUUGAAAUGCCUUUAUUCUUUUGGAACUUUUGUGAGUGUAAUGUUUACUGUAAAUAUUUUUUUGUUUAUUUCACUUUUGUUUAUUAUCUAUUUCACUUGUUUUGGCAAUGUAAACAUAUGUCUCCCAUGCCAAUAAAGCCCUUAAAUGUUAAAUGAAUUGAAUUGAGAGAGAGAGAGAGAGAGAGAGAGAGAAAGAGAGAUAGAGAGAGAGAGAGAGAGAGAGAGAGAGAGAGAGAGAGAGAGAAUGAGAGCGCGCGCAAGAGAGAGAGAGAGUGCGGUAGAGUGCACCUCGCUGUUUCAUCUGAGUCUAUACCAAGGGACAGCGGUAGCCGAUGGUUAUUCUUCUAUACUGGGAUUAACGCAAAAUGAGGAUUUAACCGUCUGUGUUUACGCGGUAAGUAGCCUAAACUAGUUGAAGUACUAUAUGGGCGAUUAGUGCUCGUGUACCUCAUUCAUUUCUGUGGUUAGCCUACGUGUGAAAUGUGUGUUAUCGCUCCAGAAGUUGAUUGAAUCAGAUAGAGGGAAAGAUACGCACUGCUGAUGCCGCGGUCGUCUUCUCUCUGCGCUCUCCAUCUAUGCUACCGCUGUGUGGUAUGUCUGUAGUGAGGAUCUCUCUCUCUCUCUCUCUCUCUCUCUCUCUCUCUCUCUCUCUCUCUCUCUCUCUCUCUCUCUCUCUCAUUCUUGUUGUAUGUGUUAUAUGAUUAAUUGAAUACCCUUUAUGUUUUUUUCUAUUAUAGAAUGAAGCGUAGCCUAGCCUAUUACCUAUAACAACUUGUGUCAAUGUUUGCUGUCGAAGUUCAGUAGCUGCCAAACUAGUCUUUAGUCAAACAGAGGGCCAAGCAAGUCGUCUUGUUUAGCUGUGGGGUUGGAAAGUCAUUACUCUAUGACGAGUAGCUACUCAUGAGGGUGUAUGUUACGUAAGUUCCUCUGUAGGUAGACGGGACCUUUAACAGCAGCAUAAUGUUUAUCUGCAUUAAUGCCGCCGGCCUCAUUACUCUGCAUUCAAACGGAUCACAUACAUUUUGUGUGUAGGCUACACAGCCCGCAGGUGGAGUAGGCCAAACACACACACACACACACACUUUCCCACAGAUGGGUAGAUACACAUGCUGCCACAAUUUGCCACAGCAACUACACAGUAACACACAGCUGUAGCAGGUGUGGAGCAGCAGAAGAGAUACGCCAUUACACACACACACACACACACACACACACACACACACACACACACACACACACACACACACACACACACACACACACCACACACACACACACACACACACACACACACAAUGUGCAGCUGACCUGCUAUAGAGCAGCUGUUCAGCAGGGGUAGAGUAGCCUACACUAAACCAACAAGUCUCCUCUCCUGUAGGCUUCAUAAAAAUGUUGCAUUUUAGCAGACAAUCUUAUCCAGAGGAACUUACAGGAGCAAUUAGGGUUAAGUGCCUUGUUCAAGAGCACAUCAACAGAUUUUUCACCUAGGCGGCUCAGUGAUUAAAACCAGUGACCUUUCAGUUACUGGCCCAAAGCUCUUAACUGCUAGGCUACCUGCCGGGCACUGGUGUCUGCCUGGACUACACUGGUCCAUUCAACAAGCUCUCACAAUCUCACUGCAGAAUUAGACAUUCAUCCACGUUCUCCAAAUGUCAAAAACAAAGUGUUUCUGUUCCUCCCGCUGCUCUGUAUCGUUCCUCCCGCUGCUCUGUAUCAUUCCUCCCGCUGCUCUGUAUCGUUCCUCCUGCUGCUCUGUAUCAUUCCUCCUGCUGCUCUGUAUUGUUCCUCCUGCUGCUCUGUAUCGUUCCUCCUGCUGCUCUGUAUCGUUCCUCCUGCUGCUCUGUAUCGUUCCACCUGCUGCUCUGUAUCGUUCCUCCUGCUGCUCUGUAUCGUUCCUCCUGCUGCUCUGUAUCGUUCCUCCCGCUGCUCUGUAUCGUUCCUCCUGCUGCUCUGUAUCGUUCCUCCUGCUGCUCUGUAUCGUUCCUCCGCUGCUCUGUAUCGUUCCUCCUGCUGCUCUGUAUCGUUCCUCCCGCUGCUCUGUAUCGUUCCUCCUGCUGCUCUGUAUCGUUCCUCCCCGCUGCUCUGUAUCGUUCCUCCUGCUGCUCUGUAUCGUUCCUCCCGCUGCUCUGUAUCGUUCCUCCUGCUGCUCUGUAUCGUUCCUCCCGCUGCUCUGUAUCGUUCCUCCUGCUGCUCUGUAUCGUUCCUCCCGCUGCUCUGUAUCGUUCCUCCUGCUGCUCUGUAUCGUUCCUCCCGCUGCUCUGUAUCGUUCCUCCUGCUGCUCUGUAUCGUUCCAUUUCUCCAAACAUCAAAUGUCAAAGUUAAGGGUUAAGUUUAGGCACUCAUUCCGAAUGGUUAAGGGAAGGGUUAAGGUUGGGGAUAGGGUUAAAAUAUAUAUAUUUUUUAAUUAAAAACAGUAUCCACGACUGGGAUCGAAGACACGAUCUUCAGAUCUAGAGUAAUGUGAUUACAACUGGGAUCGAACACGCAACCUUAUGAUCCUGAGUCAUGCGAUUAUUUACUCACCUACUUGAUGGUAAUAGCACUCACUGUUGCCCCUAGUGUCCGGUUUUUAAGGCAUUUCCCGACAUCCUCAGGAAAUGGAUAGACAUCCAAUUUCAAAGUCAAUAUUUAACGACCUGGCUGGGUGCUUUACCGUUCACUUCACUUUACAAAACUGUAUAGGCCUAUUCUAUUUUAAUUCUUAGCUCUGCACUUUGAUUUGGUAUGAUAAUGAUUUACAAACAACUUACAAAUGGUAAACAAAUGAACCAAUAAUGUUUUAUGAGCAGAUUAUAAUCAUACCAUCUAAUACAGGGUUCUUCAAUUCUGGUCCUGGAGGGCCGAAACACCUCUGUUUUUCAUCCUCUCCUUCUAAUCAGGGGCUAAUUCAGACCUGGGACACCAGGUGAGUGCAAUUAACUACCAGGUAGAAAUAAAAAACAGAAGUGUUUCGGCCCUCCAGGACCGGAAUUGAAGAACCCUGAUCUAAUACAUUGUUCCAGUUAUUUAUGCUAAAAACAUAGUAAAGUUACUCAGUUGUAUGACUUAAUGUUUGAAUGCACCAGCUUCCUUUACCUAUUGGUACUCUCUGUAUUAAACACCUGUCUGUGAGGAGCAGUCUGUGUGUUGUGGUGUGUGUAAGUAUGUUUGUGUGGAGAGGAGAGACAAGAUGAUGAUGAUUCCGCUGUAGACCGCUGAGAUACAGACAGUCAGUCCUAGACCCUAAGGCUGGGUAACCAGGUGUCAACCCACUGUGGUUAGACCACAACCUCCUGAGCAAACACAACACACACAGAGAAAGAAAGAGGGAGCAAGGAAGAGAGAGAGACACACAGCUAAACUCCCAAACACACAGUGGCUAAACUCUGGUGCCCAUACACACAGUGUGCCCUAGACCUGCUAUCUGAAGACCAACUAGGGUCACCCAGCCACAUAAUAAUUCACACAGGCACAGACGACCUGAGAGCACAGCAGGAAAGGGUGGCCACCACUCAAGGCAGUGAUUGAAAAAGCUUCUUCCACUUUCUCCAACUCACAAGGGGUUAUCUCCACCCUGUUACCACGAAAAUACUUUCACCCUGCUACCAUACAGAGGGUAAAAGCAAGCAUUUCCCGUGACUGUGCCUCAAAAACAAAUGUUUACCUGGCCCACCACUCCACCCUGGACUUCAACAGUCUUUACGACCAGGUCCACCUAUACAAGGCAACAGUCCCUACUUUUGCAAGGACUCUGAAAGAUAUCGUCCUCAACCGCGGCCCCAGCACCUCACACAGGAGCAACAGAGCAAUGGACACCCCGCCCAGACCUGCGAGGCCCCCCCAUGAACCUGCACCUAGAGGACCCACGUCGAGAGGACCCACGCCGAGAGGACCUAUAUCGAGACCACAGCACCACCAGGCACAUCCACACCCCCCCACCCCAACCAGUUAACACCCUCCCAAACCAACCAAGGCCACAACCCAUAUAGGCCUGCGUCCCUCCUGCCCCUCCCAUGCUCCCAACCCCCACAACGAGGACCUCAAUGUGACAAUCACACAUAUGCCCAGGUGGUGAGCAGAGCAACAAACCCAAUAUGUAUCACUACACCCACCCAAGCCCCAUCCUGCGACCUAAGAGGCAUGUAUCAGAUGCUCAGCAUGCUCUACUCAAACCUACUGUAAUUGUCAGAGCCUAAACCACACGAAAACAACACUGGAACACAAAGAUUUUACUAUCUCAUCCUGGAAUAUACAAGGUCUGAGAGGUCAUCUGCCUUUGGCCUAAAAAGCAGGAACCCAGACUGCAAGAAACAUGGUAUAGAUGCAAUGGACAGUAUAUUUGACCUAUCAGCUAACAUAUCAAAUUAAAACAAUUCUAGCAGAAAACCUAAGAAAACUAAUAACAAUAAGAAUGCAAAAACCUAAUAAAGAAAUUGAGAAACCUCUCCAACCAAACACACAGAGACUCAGAAAAUCAGAACCUACGCCUUCACUAUGGGGAAACACUAAAACAGUAAAGAAAUACACUAAGAAAAAAGAAGGAACAGCAUGUCAGAAAACAGCUCAAUGUGAUUGAAGAAUCCAUAGAAUCAAAUCACUUCUGGGAAAAAUGGAACAAACUAAACAAACAACAACACGAAGAGUUAUCUAUCCAAAAUUGAGAUUUAUGGAUGAACCACUUCUCCAGCAUUUUCGGCCAUAUAACAAAAAACCAAGAGCAAACACAUAUACAUGAUCAUUUGCAAAACCUAGAAUCAGCUAUUAAAGACUACCAGAAACCACUGUAUUCUCCAAUUACAUUGGAUGAGCUACAGGCCAAAAUACAAACCCUCCAACCCAAAAAGGCCUGCGGUGUUGAUGGUAUACUAAACAAAAUGAUAAAAUAUACAGACCACAAAUUAAAAUGGACUAUUCUUAAACUCUUCAACAUUAUCCUCAGCUCUGGAAUCUGCGUCAACAGUAACCUCUGAAAAAUCCUCUGCAGUAUCAUCAACAGCAGACUCCAAAAUGUUCUCAGUGAAAACAAUGUCUUAAGCAAAUGUCAAAUUGGCUUCUUACCAAAAUAUUGUACGACAGACCACGUAUACACCCUGCACACCCUAAUUGAUAAAAAAAACGAACCAAAAUGAAAGCAAAGUCUUCUCAUGCUUUGUUGAUUUCUAAAAAGCUUUUGACUCAAUUUGGCAUGAGGGUCUGCUAUGCAAAUGGAUGGAAAGGAGUGUUGGGGGAAAACGUACGAUAUUAUACAAUCAAUGUACACAAACAACAAGUCUGCAGUUAAAAUUGGCAAUAAACACACAGAUUUCUUUCCACAGAGUUAUGGGCUCCCGAGUGGUGCAGCGGUCUAAGGCACUGCAUCUCAGUGCUUGAGGCGUCACUACAGACCCCCUGGUUCGAUUCAAGGCUUUAUUACAACCGGCCGUGAUUGGGAGUCCCAUAGGGCGGCGCACAAUUGGCCCAGCGUCGUCCGGGUUUGGCUGGUGUAGGCCGUCAUUGUAAAUAAGAAUUAGUUCUUAACUGACUUGCCUGGUAAAAUAAAAUAAAAAUGGGGUGAGACAGGGAUGCAGCUUGAGCCCCAUUGGUGAGGGCACUAGAGCAGUCUGCAGCACCUAGCCUCACCAUACUGAUCUGGUGCUUCUGUUCCCAACCAAGGAGGGCCUACAGCAGCACCUAGACCUUCUGCACAGAUUCUGUCAGACUUGGGCCCUAACGGUAAAUCUCAGUAAGACAAAAAUAAUGGUGUUCCAAAAAAAGUUAAUUUGCCAGGACAACAAAUACAAAUACUAUCUAGAUACCGUUGCCCUAAGCACACAAAUAAUUAUACCUACCUCGCACAGGAGGCUGCUGAGGGGAGGACGGCUCAUAAAAAUGGCUGGGGCAAAUGGAAUGGCAUCAAACACAUGGAAACCAUGUGUUUGAUGUAUUUGAUACCAUUCCACUCAUUCGGCUUCAGCCAUUACCAUGCACCCGUCCUCCCCAAUUAAGGUGCCACCAACCUCCUGUGCUAUCUCGGCCUAAACAUCAACACCACAGGUAACUUCCACAAGGCUCUGAAUUAUUUAAAAGACAAGGCAAGAAGGGCUCGACAUCCCAAUUAGGAUCUGGCUAAAAAUACUUCAAUCAGUUAUAGAACCCCCAUUGCUCUCUAUGGUUGUGAGGUCUGGGGUCCACUCACUAACCAAGCAUUCACAAAAUGGGACGAGCACCCAUUUGAGACUCUCCAUGCAGAAUUCUGCGAAAAUAUCCUUCAUGUACAAUGCAAAACCAAAAACAAUGCAUGCAGAGUAGAAUUAGGAAUAUACCCACAAAUUAUCAAAAUCCAGAAAAUAUCUGUUAAAUUCUACAACCCCCUAAAAGGGAGCGAUACCCACACAUUCCACCACAAAGCCCUCACCUACAGAGAGAUGAACCUAGAGAAGAGUCCCCUCAGCCAGCUGGUUCUGGGUCUCUGUUCACAAACACAAACAGACCCCACAGAGCCCCAGGACAGAAACACAAUUAGACCCAAACACAUUAUGAGAAAACAAAAAGAUAACUAUUUCACACACUGGAAAGAAUCAACCAAAAAACAGAGCAAACUGGAAUGCUAUCUGGCCCUAAACAAAUAAAAUCAUUGACUAUGUACAGAGUCAGUGAGCAUAGCCUUCUUUUUGAGAGAGGCCACCAUAGGCAGACCUGGCUCUUGAGAGAAGAAAGGCUAUGUGCACACUUCCCACAAAAUGACGUGGAAACUGAAAUGCACUUCCUAACCUCCUGCCAAAUGUAUGACCAUAUUAGAGACACACAUUUCCAACAGAUCACACAGACCCAUAAAGAAUUUGAAAACAAAUCAAACCUUGAUAAACUCCCAUAUCUGUUAGGCGAAACACUGCAAUGUGCAAUCACAGCAGCAAUAUUUGUGGCCCGUUGCCAUGAAAACAGGGCAACAAGUGGAGCACAAAGAACAUUGUAAAUACAACCAAUAUUGAUCUGUUGACUUAUCUUCCCCUACUAUUCGUACUACAACUAUUUACACAUUGUUAAAAACACUGUACAUAGCUGAUAAUAUAACAUUUGAAACAUCUCUAUUCUUUUAAAACCUUUAUGAGUGCAAUGUUUACUGUAAAUGUUUUAAUGUUUUUUGUUGAUGUUCUUUUUUGUUUCUUCUCACUUUUGUUUAUUGUUUAUUUAACUUGCUUUGGCAAUGUAAACUUAUGUUUCCCAUGCCAAUAAAGCCCAUUUCAAUUGAGCUGAACUGAAUUGAGAGUGAGAGAGAGAGAGAGAAAAACUUGCUUUGGCAAUGUAAACGUAUGUUUCCCAUGCCAAUAAAGCCCAUUUCAAUUGAGCUGAACUGAAUUGCGAGCGAGAGAGAGAGAGAGAGAGAGAGAGAAACUUGCUUUGGCAAUGUAAACGUAUGUUUCCCAUGCCAAUAAAGCCCAUUUCAAUUGAGCUGAACUGAAUUGAGAGCGAGAGAGAGAGAGAGAGAGAGAGAAUAUAGAACUGUUUCAUGAGAGCUCUCCUAAUCCUAGAGACAAUGAUAAGCAGCUCUUAUCACAGAAGCAGUGAUAACAGUGUGAUUAUGCUGACAAACUGCCCAUAGAAUGGUUAUAUUAUUGUUCUCCAGUGGGAGACUACAGGAACAGAACCGGAGCUAUUGGCUCAGUCCCAAUUGUACAACCUCCCUAUCCCUCCCUCCUCUCUUUCCCUUUAUUGCUCUCUCUUUUCCUGGCUUCCUAGCUUUCUUUCAUUACUUGAUCCUAGGUGAAAGGACUGGAUAGGUGUCGUGAAGAAAAUAAAUCCCCACGUGAUAUAUUUCUUCACAUUUAUUUGUACACAUGAUUAUUUUCACUACUUCCAGCUACAUCUGGUUUCUGAUCCAUGGACCGACCCUGCUUAGCUUCAGAAGUAAACCAGCAGUGGAAUGCAGGAUGCUAUGUUGCUGGAAUGAAUGUGCCAAAACUUGCAACUGGAAAAAAGGCAGUAAAGGUCAGGGUAACAUAACUAACGAUAGGGAAAAUUGCAGGAAAGAGGGAAGCAUUUAUUUAAUUGCGAUAUCAUAUAUAUAUGUUUUACUGAAAACUUUAUGUGAGAAUGUGCUCACCUCCCCACAAACUUUAGACCAUCCGUAUGCACAUCUGUUAGUGGUUAAAAUAUUGAAUUGCAAGCUGGCAAGUAAGUAUUUUGUGCAAAUGGGGGAUAUGAUGAAAAGCUUAUUCACAAAAAAACAAAACCAGGAAAACAUAUUAACAAGAAUACAACCAUUGUCACACCCUGGCUCUGGGGACUCUUAAAUGUUGAGCCAGGGUGUGGAGUUUCUAUGUCUUAUUUUCUAUGUUGAUGUGCUAGACCGUUUAGAUCUAUGUUGGCCAGGGUGGUUCCCAAUCAGAGGCAGCUGUAUCUCGUUGUCUCUGAUUGGGGACCAUACUUAGGCAGCCUGUUUGGCACUAGUCGGUGUGGGAUCUUGUUCCGUUAAGGUUUGUUUUGGAAACCUAGGACUUCACGUAUCGUUUGUUUGUUGUUUUGGUUCGUGUGUUAAGUACUAAUAAAUAUGUACGCUUAUCAUGCUGUGCCUUGGUCCGUAUCAUCAGUAAACGAUCGUGACAACCAUUUGGCAUUAAUGAGAAGAGCGAAAAUCUGUGUUUUACUUUUAGAAUCUAAAAUAAUUAGGCAUAGGAAUCUAUUUCCUAUUUAUAUUUAUAACCAUUGCAGAAUAUACAGUAUUCCUCACCGUUUCUGGCCGUGAUGGGUUUAUAUUCCGAAUGAGCCAUACAACAAAUUACCAUGUCCAUUUUUUAUUUAAUUGGACCUAGAAACCUAGUAAAUAGAUAGGCUAUAUGUAAUUCAAGUUUUGCAAUAUCAUAGGUAGAGGGGUUUAUAAUACCGGUAUACAGUUGCAUUUAACAGCUGAUCUUUUACAUUGAAUUAGGCCUAAGUUUCAAGUUUUUAUUGUCACGUGCACAAGUACAGUGAAAUCAAAGCCUUACUUGCUCUUUCCCAACAAUGCAGUAAUGAAUAUUAGUACUAAUGUAAAAAAAUAAUAAUAAUCAAGUAGAACAAAAACACAUGAGAAAUAGAACGGUAAGUACUGUAAGUACUGUAAGUACUGUAAUUACUGUAAGUACUGUAAGUACUGUAACUACUGUAAGUACUGUAAGUACUGUAACUACUGUAAGUACUGUAAUUGCAUUUUUUUGUAAUCUGCCCUACAAUGUUUCAGAAUUCGGGGGCAGUCCACCAUAUUUAGGUUGGGGUAAAAGUUGAUAUAAAACAUUGUUGAAUUCAAUCGAUUCAUUGACAGGGCCACAACAAUUUGUUUUCUCAUUCAGAAACUGACACAGUUAUUUUCCAGAUAGAGCAUAAAUUACUGCAAAAGAUUAAAACAUUCUGCCAACACAGUAAAUAGACUGGUAGUAUAUGUAAAAUAUUUGACAGUAUGGGUAUAGGCUACAGUAUUGCUGUGCUAUAGGAGCGCGACAUCAUUGCCUAUUUAAUCUCAGAGCCUAUACCAAGGCAGGACAUAUAAACCCAAUAAUCUAUUCAUUAACUAAAUAUUGAACAACAAUUUGUCUUUUGCAUGCCGUGGACUAAUUCCAAUAGUUCCAAAUGAUACAGCAACUAAAGGGUGUUAUUGUCACCAUAAAAGGAUAGGGGAGUUGUUUUCCAGAGUUUUAAUGCUCGUUCACGCACGCACAAUUUUAUGACAGGUCUGAUUUAUAAUGGGAAACGUGUAUGUAUGGCAUGUGCCAAGUUUAUAAAUCUCUAUAUUUUUGUAUGUUCGCAAACUUUCAGAAAUGGCGCACGCAGAAAUUUUGUGUGAUAUUUACACAACGGUUAUAAAUGAGGCCCCAGGGAAUUAUCAACGUUUUCAGUCGCAAUUUGCUUUUACCUCAUAAUGACUUCCAUGAAAUUGAUCAAAUGAAGCCUGGUUUGCUCUAAGAUAACUUUAAUAUGGUAGAUAGUGUAAGCCUAAGAGCUCCUGUCUUGCUAAGAUUCAGCUAAAUGUCAGCAUUCAGCUACAGUACAUUUAUGUGAGGAUGCAGAAAUGAUUUUGUUUAGCUAUCUAGCUUUCUAGCUAACAUAACCUAGAUGUGUAGCAUAUAUUAAAAUAUUAAUGACACUGUAUGAUAACGUUACUGUACUUUUAUAUUCGUAUGGGAGGGGUAAACGUUAAUUAUUGAUAUGCUAAUGUCACUUGAUCAUGAUCAUCUCUCUCUCUCUCUCUCUCUCUCUCUCUCUCUCUCUCUCUCUCUCUCUCUCUCUCUCUCUCUCUCUCUCUCUCUCUCUCUCUCUCUCUCUCUCUUUCCUCUCCUCUCUCCUAACAGGACAGUAGCCUGUAUGGUAAUAAACUGGUUCCAUGGAGUCUACAGCAGUUAAAAUAGUUUUAUUGGCUACAUGCUAUUACAGGGUUUAAAGUCUUCUUAUGCUGCCAUUACUAUCUUAUAUAUAUUUUUUAUUUCCUUUAUUAUUUUCCCUUAACCCUAUGGAUGAUAGGGUUUGAACCUUUAUAUUCUCAUAGAUUAUACAUAAGAUUCUGCUAAGAGUAUUAUUAGAUUAUUGAUCAGUUGACUAUGACUUUUUAAAUCACCCAGCAGUGCUAUUUGCAGAGUUAGCUCCAGGUAAAUGUUACAAUUCUUCAUCCAUUCCGGAACCUGCGACCAAAAACAAGCUACAUAUGGACAGUACCAAAACAAAUGAUAUAAUGAUUAUUCGCAGCAAAAUCUGCAGAGCUGGGAUGGUUGUAUCCCCCAUAUACAGUUGAAGUCGGAAGUUUACAUACAUACACCUUAGCCAAAUACAUUUAAACUCAGUUUUUCACAAUUCCUGACAUUUAAUCCUAGUAAGAAUUCCCAGUCUUAGGUCAGUUAGGAUCACCACUUUAUUUUAAGAAUGUGAAAUGUCAGAAUAAUAGUAGAGAGAAUGAUUUAUUUCAGCUUUUAUUUAUUUCAUCACAUUCCCAGUGGGUCAGAAGUUUACAUACACUCAAUUAGUAUUUGGUAGCAUUGCCUUUAAAUUGUUUAACUUGGGUCAAACGUUUCGGGUAGCCUUCCACAAGCUUCCCACAAUAAGUUGGGUGAAUUUUGGCCCAUUCCUCCUGACAGAGCUGGUGUAACGGAGUCAGGUUUGUAGGCCUCCUUGCUCGCACACGCUUUUUCAGUUCUGCCCACAAAUGUUCUAUAGGAUUGAGGUCAGGGCUUUGUGAUGGCCACUCCAAUACCUUGACUUUGUUGUCCUUAAGCCAUUUUGCCACAACUUUGGAAGUAUGCUUGGGGUCAUUGUCCAUUUGGAAGACCCAUUUGCGACCAAGCUUUAACUUCCUGACUGAUGUCUUGAGAUGUUGCUUCAAUAAAUCCACAUAAUUUUCCUUCCUCAUGAUGCCAUCUAUUUUGUGAAGUGCACCAGUCCCUCCUGCAGCAAAGCACCCCCACAGCAUGAUGCUGCCACCCCUGUGCUUCACGGUUGGGAUGGUGUUCUUCAGCUUGCAAGCUGCCGCCUUUUUCCUCCAAACAUAACGAUGGUCAUUAUGGCCAAACAGUUCUAUUUUUGUUUCAUCAGACCAGAGGACAUUUCUCCAAAAAGUACGAUCUUUGUCCCCAUAUGCAGUUGCAAACCGUAGUCUGGCUUUUUUAUGGCGGUUUUGGAGCAGUGGCUUCUUCCUUGCUGAGCGGCCUUUCAGGUUAUGUCGAUAUAGGACUCGUUUUACUUUUGUACCUGUUUGCUCCAGCAUCUUCACAAGGUCCUUUGCUGUUGUUCUGGGAUUGAUUUGCACUUUUCACUCCAAAGUACGUUAAUCUCUAGGAGACAGAACGCGUCUCCUUCCUGAGCGGUAUAACGGCUGCGUGGUUCCAUGGUGUUUAUACUUGCGUACUAUUGUUUGUACAGAUGAACGUGGUACCUUCAGGCGUUUGGAAAUUGCUCCCAAGGAUGAACCAGACUUGUGGAGGUCUACACAUUUUUUUCUGAGGUAUUGGCUGAUUUCUUUUGAUUUUCCCAUGAUGUCAAGCAAAGAGGCACUGAAUUUGAAGGUAGGCCUUGAAAUACAUCCACAGGUACACCUCCAAUUGACUCAAAUGAUGUCAAUUAGCCUAUCAGAAGCUUCUAAAGCCAUGACAUCAUUUUCUGGAACUUUCCAAGCUGUUUAAAGGCACAGUCAACUUAGUGUAUGUAAACUUCUGACCCACUGGAAUUGUGAUACAGUGAAUUAUAAGUGAAAUAAUCUGUCUGUAAACAAUUGUUGGAAAAAUGACUUGUGUCAUCCACAAAGUAGCUGUCCUAACCGACUUGCCAAAACUAUAGUUUGUUAACAAGAAAUUUGUGGAGUGGAAGAAAAACUAGUUUUAAUGACUCCAACCUAAGUGUAUGUAAACUUCCGACUUCAACUGUAUAUAACAUUAUAUUGGUUGCUCUAAGUUUUGAAUCCAGCGUCGUUUUGUGUAUCAGUUCAUAAACCAUGUGCCAUGGAAUCGGUACAUCGAAAAUCUCUUCCCAACUGUUUUGCAAUCUAUAUGGCACAACUGUCCAUUUUUUUGUCCUUAAAUGAAACUAGUAUACUUUUUUAUUUAUCACAAUUUUCUUUAGCCAAUUUUGGUCUUUAAUGCAGGGCCGACAGACAACUUCCUUACUUUCUCCCCCUUCCAAUUGCCUCUUCCAUUUUUGUAGCAAUGCUGCAAUUAGAUGGUUGUAAUUUCGAGUAGAGCAGACUUUUCCAUAUAUUUUUGUUAGCUGCAUGUGUGACUUAACUCCACCAGUUCUAUGUAUGAUAUAAUUUACAAAGAUGAUUAAAAAAAUAUAUAUAUACAGUAUAUAUAUAUUGUUUUUUUUAUCAAUUAGUAUAUUUGAGUUUAACCAUAAUAUUUGUUGAAAUAUUACCAUUACUAUCUUAUUUAUAACUAAGCUCUAUUUAGUUGUUUGUUGAUGUUUUGUGUAAUGUUUUGUUUGUACUUUAAAAUCAUUUUAUGUCUGUACAGUAUAUAUAUAUAUAUAUAUGUGUGUGUGUGUGUGUUUUCAGUGUUGCACUGUAUGUACUGUAUUGUUUGCACAAUACAUUAGUUAUCUAGUAAUGGGCUGAAGAUGCUAGCUGGCAGUCCCUGGAGAUUAGCUGGUUAGGGCCAUACAUUGUGUGACGCAUGAUGCACAAAUACUGAAUCAGCAGAUAGUGUGUGUGUGUGUGUGUUACUGUGUUUAUUAAUGUGUGUGCUUAGAUGUCAGUAACUGACGUCAUAAUGUUGUGUGAUUGAGGCUGUUAAUUUGAGAGAUAAAAAUUCCUCAUGCAAACACACACACACACACACACACACUGUACUCCGAAUUUAUAUUACAGACAUGAUUACGAGGGUUGCAAACAUUUGGCUCUGACCCUACUCUCCGUGUAAGUAGAACAUAAAAUACUCUGCCAGCUACUGUAUAAAACUGAAAUGGAGGGAGGAGGGAGGGGUGUUUACAGUGUGUGUGUUCCAUUCCCUUCCGUGGUGUAAUGACAGAGCAGGAAAUAACACACACAUACUCUCAGGGUUAAUGAGCAUGGGCAGUGUAAUUGCUUGUUUACCAAUCCUAAUGAUACACGCACGCACGCACGCACACACACACACACACACACACACACACACACACACACACACACACACACACACACACACACACACACACACACAGGUCGACGUUUAUUGGGAUGAGUCUUGUCCUUGAGGCAGAACUGAGCGAUUUCCACUAGAUGGGCCAGCUGGAAAGUCAAAAUUGGCUAUAUUGUACAAAUUCAGGCAACUUUUUUUUGUUUAGGUUAUUAGGGUUAGCAGUGUGGUUAAGGUUAGGGUUAAGGUUAGGGUUAGGUUUAAAAGAUUUUAUGACUUUGUGCCUGUGCCAGAGAGUGACCACUCAGCAGAGCUGCCUCCAGAACAAGAUUCAUGACGAAAAACGCUAACCUGCCACACACACACACAAAGGGCAGAGCAGGUCCCCUGCCACACACUGUGUGUGUGUGUGUGUGUGUGUGUGUGUGUGUGUGUGUGUGUGUGUGUGUGUGUGUGUGUGUCUGUGUGUCUGUGUGUGUGUGUGCGUAAGAGAGACAAAGGGCUGAGUUAUUUUUUGUUUAUAUGUGUGUGUAAGUGCUGGGAUGUCAUGUUGUCCACUCUAAACACUCCACCAUCCCUCAUCAGCCCCUGUCCCCCUGGCCACGCAUAGACUCAGGGCUCAGGGGUGAGAUGUCAUUGUCAGGGCCCCUGCAGCAGACGGGGCUGAUGUGUGGAGACAGAGUGAUGGAUGACGUCUACCCCUGCUACUCCUCCUCCCUCCAUCCUCUUCCUCCUGCUCCUCCUCAUUCUUAGGCGUGGGGGAGGAGAGAGGGAGAAGAGCAGAGGGCGUUGGAGGUGUGAGAGGGAGGGGGUAGACAGGAAGGGGGAGUAGGAGGGAGGGGGAGAAAGUGAGGGAAUCACGUGAUAUUGUAGCAGCUGCAUGACUGAGAGGGCUGUUCCUGGAGGAGGGAGAACAAGACCGAGAGAAUGAGUGAGAACGAGAGACAGAGAGAACAAGAGAGAGGGGCGGCGAGAGAGAGGGAAUGAGAGAGAGACGGAGCGUGAAGAAGAAAGAGUGAGAGUGUGAAAGGGAAAGAGAGCGUGAGAGAAGAGAUAAUGCAAGCUGGAAGAACAGGGAGCCGGUGAGUGUUUGUUUGUUAUGUCCUAGUGUAUGUUUGCCUGGUGUGGUGAGCAUGUGUAUCAGUGUGUAUGUAUUUGUGUGAGAGAGAAAGAGACCCACUGAGUGAGAGAGAGAAAAGAGAAACAAACCCAAGAGAGCAUGGAAGGGAAAUAUAGAGGCAUAGUGUGCAUGCAGGUUUUGUGAGUUAUUUGGCUAAAUAAGCUCAAGAGCAUGUUAGAGAAACAGAGAGAGAAGAGGCUAAAGGAGGGGGAAUAGGAGAGAGAUAGAGGGAGAGAGAGAGGAAGGAGGGAGAGGAGGGUAGAGGAGAGAGAGGAGAGAGAGGAUGUGGCGAUGUCUCAACACACAUGCAGCUGUAAGGAUCUGAGUGUGUGUGUCUGUCUCUGUCUGUCAAAGGGGUGGGGGGGCGGUAGAGUGUAUGAUGCUUGGGUUAAAUUCAGUACUAAUAGCUGUAUGUGGGUCACUGGGAGGGCAGUGGGGGAACACUAAUAAUGUCAGUGUGUGUUUGUGUGUGUGUGUGUGUGUGUGUGUUUGUGUGUGUGUGUGUGUGUGUGUGUGUGUGUGUGUGUGUGUGUGUGUGUGUGUGUGUGUGUGUGUGUGUGCUUGCGUGCCUGUGUGUGUGUCAUUGUCACGGCUCUGACAGACUAACCUGACCUCUGACCUGAUACCUGACCUCAGCUCCUUCCCCAUCUCUCAGAGCUGUCACACACACACACUGUUCUAUUAUGAUAGAGAGAAUCCAAAAAGGCUACAUAUUCCUCUCUUUUUCCCUUCUUUCUCUACCUUCCCUUCCCUCGUUUCACUGUUUUGUCCUCCCAUCCUCCCUCUCUAUCUUUCCAGGUAUGAGCCAUGAGUCAAAGUCGCGGUCAUUAGGAAUGAUCUCCACGGCAACUCACACCACAGCGACGGUCAAUCCUCUUACCCCACUAGCCAAUGGGAGUGCGGCUGCUCAGUCUGCUCACUCCGGAUUCGCUGCCGCUCUCCGUCAACUGGCCAAACAGGCUGAAGACCCCAGAGGUUAGGACAGUGACCCCGCCUCCUCUUACCUCAGGACAGACAAUAUCAUCUAUACAAAAUCCAUCCAUCCGUGUUUGUGUGUUAGCUCCUAAUGCAGGUAAUUACCUGCUAUUACACUCUCCCUCUCUCCCUUUCUUUCCUUCUCUCUCACUCCCACUCACUCUCUCGUUCUCUCUCUCCCUCUCCCUUACACUCUCUCCUUUAUAUUAUCCCUCUCUCUUUCACUCAUCUCUUCCAUUUGUUUUUCUGGCAUCACUCUCCCCUGCCAUCUCUCUCCCACUCUCUCCCUCUUCCUCUCUCUUUCUCUCUCUGUCAUCUCCAUCUAGGAUGAGCCCCAUUAGCUGCUUUUGUGUGUGUGUGUGUGUGUGUCUGUGUGUGUGUGUGUUUACGUGCGUGCGUGUGCAUGCUUGUGUGUGUGUUGAUUAGUGAGACGUCUCAUUUUUACAGUAAUGGCUUUCUGAUGGCCUCUUUGUCGUGCUAUUCCCCCCCCCCCCCCCCCCCCUCUCUCUCUCUCUCUCUCUCUCUCUCUCUCUCUCUCUCUCUCUCCUAGGUUCUUCUCCCAAUAGUGAGUCUCCAGUCUCCUCUCCAGCCACCAGUCUCAGUUCUCCAGUCAACACUCCUAAGAGGGGGUUGUCAGGGCCGCUCCAGACCCGGGGACACAGCCUUCCCUCCACCCCUCCUGUAGUCACCAUCGCCCCCACUCCCACCAAGACCAGCAGCAUUCUCUGGAUAGGAGAAGGGCGCCAGGUAAGAAGAAACACACACAGAACCUUAGUACUCUUCUCUUCUCUCCUCCACUUUACUCUGUCUUUAUCUCUUUAUCUACCCCCUCUCCCUUCUUCUACUGAUUAGGUUAUACAGGGGUCAAUGAGCCAUGGAGUCAUCUCCCUCUCCCUUUCUAUCUUCUCUCUCUUUUUCUGUCUUUCCCCCACCCCUCCUGCUACCACUUCCACCAUUAAAGAAAUAGUCCCAAUCCAAGUCAAUGUGUCAGAAUCACCCGUCCCUCUGAUCUCUAUUUCUGUCUCCAUCUCUGUUUCUCUCUGAGAAAGAGGGAGAAAGUCACCCAGUGGACCCAUACUGGAAAGAAAAGUGAUGCUGUCUCCAAUUGUUAUAUUUCCGGAUUAGGUGUGUGUGUGUGGUGUGUGUGUAGUUUGAGGGAGCUUUGUGUACAUUUGCUUGUGUCCCUUGUGUCCCAAGACCCCUGUGUGUAUGUGUGUUUGUAUUUAAGCUGGAGUGAGGAACCAAGCCCCUUAAACAAUCCAGGGGUUAGCCCCCUGAGCAGCCUUUCUCCCCCUCACAAAGAGCAGUCUGUCUGGCUCGGCCUCCUACCCUGGGGCUCCUAUUCAGAGAGGGGUCAGCGGAAGAGAGAAAGAGAGAGCAAGGAGAGUGAGGGUUAAAGAGGCAUAGAAAUGGACAGAGUGGGAGAAAGAGUGGAGAGAGAGUGGGGGAGAAAGUGGGAGAGAGAGUGGGGGUGGGGGAGAGUGAGAGUGAGGGGGGAGAGAGAGAGAGUGUGAGAGAGAGUGGGGGAGAGAGAGGGAGCGAGAGUGGGGAAGAGAGAGAGAGAGUGAGAGAGAGAGAGAGAGAGAGAGAGAGAGAGAGAGAGAGAGAGAGAGAGAGAGACAGAGAGACAGAGAGAGAGAGAGACAGAGAGACAGAGAGACAGAGAGACAGAGAGACAGAGAGACAGAGAGACAGAGACAGAGAAGUGGGACUGAGAGUGAAAAAGUAAGUGGGAGAGGGGAUAGAGAAAAGGGAGUAUGAAGGAAGUUAAAGAUUGAAAGGAUGUGAUGUUUUGACUUCCUCUACAUUGAUGUAGCAGGUGUUUCACAUUCAGUUAGAGUACAUCCCGUUCAACCAAUAAGGACAGCAUGUCUUGUGUCUGUAAGGCCAGGGGUCAAGGUGUGUCUGGGAGCUGCUGCCAUUUUGUCUUCACUGGGUAACCCCAACACACAUACACAUAUGCACACACACACACAUACAUACACACGCAAACACAUGCAUGCUUUGUCCCUUGAUCCUCCUCUUUACAACGAUGGAUGGAGACCAGAGAGAGGCGAUAAUGACUAGGGAGAGAGAUCAGAGAGAGAGAUCAGAGAUCAGAGACCAAAGACCAAAGAGAGACCAGAAAGGAGACUGGAGUGUGUUUGAUCAUUAUUGGAAAGCCUGGUGUGUAUCUGAUUUCCCUGAGAGAGAUAUUCAAAGCUGCAGCCAGAAACCCUGGUUGUUGGAGUGACUCUAGACUGGGAGCGAAUACAAGUCCUCAGCAAAGUUACUCAUGUGGGGGAGUAGUUUGGUGGAGUGAGUGAGUGAAUGAGUGAGUGAAUGUUAAUACUUUAUGGAGAGAGAGGUAGACAGCAGAGAAAGAUGAAGGGGGUAGUAGAGGGAGGAUGAGUUUUAGGAUGUCCCCUCCUGCCCUGAUCUUGACGUCCUCUGACAUAUCAGAAGCACUUCUCCAACCGGGUGGGCUUUUAGCUCGUAGCUGGGAGGUCAUCUCCCCUCCCUUUCCCCCCUCUCCUCUCCUUCCUCUACCCUACUCUCCAUCCUUUCUCCUCUCACUCUCCCUCCCUGCUUCAAGGCUCUUAGAGCUAUUAACGUGAGUCUCUUAUCUUGACCUAGAAGAAGGUGAUGGUGUGUGUGCAUGUGUCUGUGUGAAUAGGGAACAGACAUAACAGGGGUGCCAGAGUAAUGAUGAGAGCAUUACUGGCAGGGGAGUCAGUAAUGCGUGUUGAACACAGAGUGGAUGGUUGGAUUAGCUGCAUUGCUAGGAUGUGACAGUGUUAACAUGCUAUGGCUAGAUCAACAUUAAGGGACAAAUCCUGACUUGAAAAAUGUCCAUAAAUGGAAAUUUCAUAUGUUGUGAGUAGGAUUUUUUUAUUUUGCCUAACAAAGAUUGUCUUUCUGUCUCUCUCUCCCGCUGUCUCUCCCUCUCUCUCUCUGUCAGGCUGAGUCAGGUGUUCGGGGGGUGAGUUGGGAGCGUGUGGGGUCUGAGCCCAGCCUUCCCCAGGAGAAAGGGGCUCAUCCUGUCCCCUCUCCUCACAUCCUGGCUCACCCAUCCUACCCCUUCAGCCUCACCCCCAGCUCUGUAAUGCAGGACCGGCGACUACAGGGCCUCAGGUGAGCCACUCUAUCACCUGGAUGCCUACACACACACACACACACACACACACACACACACACACACACACACACUCACACUCACACUCACACACACAAACCUGUCUACGGUGCAUCAUAUAAGUCUCUAUACUUGCUUAAACCUUAAACCACAUAUGCCUCCUUUAACUCCAUGACAGCAGACUCCAAUUUGCAAUCUGAUCCCGAACUCCUCCCCCUCUUGUAGUCUACCUGGUCAGGUACACCCUGCAGUUUCCUCAGGGGCGGUCCAAGAGGAGUACCUAAGAGGACUCCGCCCCUUCGCCACCUCAGAUGACCUUCGCCUGCGCUCGCUGCCCCUGGGGCUCGACCCCACCACCGCUGCCCACGUUACUGCUGCUGCUGCCUACUACCACCCUGCCUACCUCCACCACCUCCACAGGUCAGUCUAUAGACCACCCUGCCUACCUCAACCACAUACACAGGUCAGUCUAAACACUACCCUGCCUACCUCCACCACCUACACAGGUCAGUCUAUAGACCACCCUGUCAACCUCUACCACCUACAACGGUCAGUCUAUAGACCACCAUACCUACCCCAACCACCUACACAGGUCAGUCUAAAGACCACCCUGCCUACCUCCACCACCUACACAAUUCAGUCUAUAGACCACCCUGCCUACCUUCACCACAUACAAAGGUCAGUCUAUGGACCCCUGCCUACCUACAUUUUACAUUUUUUUAGUCAUUUAGCAGAUGCUCUUAUCCAGAGUGACUUACAGUUAGUGAGUGCAUACAUUUUUCAUACUGGCCCCCCGUGGGAAUCGAACCCACAACCCUGGCGUUGCAAGCGCCAUGCUCUACCAACUGAGCUACCUCAACCACAUACACAGGUCAGUCUAUAGACCACCCUGCCUACUUCCAUCAACUACACAGGUCAGUCUGUAGACCAACCUGUCUACCUCUACCAGCUACACAGGUCAGUCUGUAGACUACCCUGCCUACCUCCACCACCUACAUGGGUCAGUAUAUAGAACACAAUACCUACCUCCACCACAUACACAGGUCAGUCUAUAGACCACCCUGCCUACCUCAACCACAUACACAGGUAAGUCUAUGCCAUCCUGGCUACCUCCACCAUCUGAACAGGUCAGUCUAUAGACCAGCAUACCUACAUCCAACACCUACCUAGGUCAGUCUAUAGACAACCCUGCCAACCUCAAUCACCAACACAGAUCAGUGUAUAGAACACCUUGCCAACCUCAACCACCUACACAUGUCAUCUAUAGACUACCCUGCCUACCUCAACCACAUACACAGGUCAGUCUAUACCAUCCUGGCUACCUCCAUGACCUACACAGGUCAGUCUAUAGAACACCCUGCCUACCUCUACCACCUACACUAGUCAGUCUAUACACCCCCCUGCCUACACCACCUACACAGGUCAGUCUAUAAACUACCCUGUCUACCUCCACAACAUACACAGGUCAGUCUGUAGACCACCCUGACUACCUCCACCACAUACACAGGUCAGUCUAUAGACUACCCUGCCUACAUCCACCACCUACACAGGUCAGUUUAUAGACCACCCUGCCUACCUCCACCACCUACACAGGUCAGUCUAUAGACUACCCUGCCUACAUCCACCACCUACACAGGUCAGUUUAUAGACCACCCUGCCUACCUCCACCACCUACACAGGUCAGUCUAUAGACUACCCUGCCUACCUCCACCACCUACACAGGUCAGUCUAUAGACCACCUUGCCUUCCUCCACCACAUACACAGGUCAGUCUAUACCAUCCUGCCUACCUCCACCACCUACACAGGUCAGUCUAUAGACCACCCUACCUACCUCAACAGCCUACACAGGUCAGUCUGUAGACCACCCUGACUACACCACCUACACAGGUCAUUCUAUAGACCACCUUGCCUACCUCUGUCUUGCUCUGUAGUUAUCAGAGUCAGUUUUCUGCAGAUAUGGAGACAGAGACACAGAGAGACAGACAGGGACACAGAGAGACGGACAGGGACACAGAGAGACGGACAGGGACACAGAGAGACAGACAGGGACACAGAGAGACAGACAGGGACACAGAGAGACAGACAGGGACACAGAGAGACAGACAGGGAGACAGAGAGACAGACAGGGAGACAGAGAGACAGACAGGGACACAGAGAGACAGACAGGGACACAGAGAGACAGACAGGGACACAGAGAGACAGACAGGGACACAGAGAGACAGACAGGGAGACAGAGAGACAGACAGGGAGACAGAGAGACAGACAGGGAGACAGAGAGACAGACAGGGAGACAGAGAGACAGACAGGGACACAGAGAGACAGACAGGGACACAGAGAGACAGACAGGGACACAGAGAGACAGACAGGGACACAGAGAGACGGACAGGGACACAGAGAGACAGACAGGGACACAGAGACAGACAGGGACACAGAGAGACAGACAGGGACACAGAGAGACAGACAGGGACACAGAGAGACAGACAGGGAGACAGAGAGACAGACAGGGACACAGAGAGACAGACAGGGACACAGAGAGACAGACAGGGAGACAGAGAGACAGACAUGGACACAGAGAGACGGACAGGGACACAGAGAGACAGACAGGGACACAGAGAGACAGACAGGGAGACAGGGGUUUGCAGCAGCAUGUGUGUUUGUGUUUCCAGGAUGGGAUGUAUAGACUGCGACUGAACCCCAGAAUGUGCCUUACUGUAAAAAUGAAUAUGUUGAAAACAUUGCUCCCAAUUCAAUUCAAUUCAAUUUAAGGGCUUUAUUGGCAUGGGAAACGUAUGUUAACAUUGCCAAAGCAAGUGAAGUACAGUGGGGGAAAAAAAGUAUUUAGUCAGCCACCAAUUGUGCAAGUUCUCCCACUUAAAAAGAUGAGAGAGGCCUGUAAUUUUCAUCAUAGGUACACGUCAACUAUGACAGACAAAUUGAGAAAACAAAUCCAGAAAAUCACAUUGAAGGAUUUUUAAUGAAUUUAUUUGCAAAUUAUGGUGGAAAAUAAGUAUUUGGUCACCUACAAACAAGCAAGAUUUCUGGCUCUCACAGACCUGUAACUUCUUCUUUAAGAGGCUCCUCUGUCCUCCACUCGUUACCUGUAUUAAUGGCACCUGUUUGAACUUGUUAUCAGUAUAAAAGACACCUGUCCACAACCUCAAACAGUCACACUCCAAACUCCACUAUGGCCAAGACCAAAGGGCUGUCAAAGGACACCAGAAACAAAAUUGUAGACCUGCACCAGGCUGGGAAGACUGAAUCUGCAAUAGGUAAGCAGCUUGGUUUGAAGAAAUCAACUGUGGGAGCAAUUAUUAGGAAAUGGAAGACAUACAAGACCACUGAUAAUCUCCCUCGAUCUGGGGCUCCACGCAAGAUCUCACCCCGUGGGGUCAAAAUGAUCACAAGAACGGUGAGCAAAAAUCCCAGAACCACACGGGGGGACCUAGUGAAUGACCUGCAGAGAGCUGGGACCAAAGUAACAAAGCCUACCAUCAGUAACACACUACGCCGCCAGGGACUCAAAUCCUGCAGUACCAGACGUGUCCCCCUGCUUAAGCCAGUACAUGUCCAGGCCCAUCUGAAGUUUGCUAGAGUGCAUUUGGAUGAUCCAGAAGAGGAUUGGGAGAAUGUCAUAUGGUCAGAUGAAACCAAAAUAGAACUUUUUGGUAAAAACUCAACUCGUCGUGUUUGGAGGACAAAGAAUGCUGAGUUGCAUCCAAAGAACACCAUACCUACUGUGAAGCAUGGGGGUGGAAACAUCAUGCUUUGGGGCUGUUUUUCUGCAAAGGGACCAGGACGACUGAUCCGUGUAAAGGAAAGAAUGAAUGGGGCCAUGUAUCGUGAGAUUUUGAGUGAAAACCUCCUUCCAUCAGCAAGGGCAUUGAAGAUGAAACGUGGCUGGGUCUUUCAGCAUGACAAUGAUCCCAAACACACCGCCCGGGCAACGAAGGAGUGGCUUCGUAAGAAGCAUUUCAAGGUCCUGGAGUGGCCUAGCCAGUCUCCAGAUCUCAACCCCAUAGAAAAUCUUUGGAGGGAGUUGAAAGUCCGUGUUGUCCAGCAACAGCCCCAAAACAUCACUGCUCUAGAGGAGAUCUGCAUGGAGGAAUGGGCCAAAAUACCAGCAACAGUGUGUGAAAACCUUGUGAAGACUUACAGAAAACGUUUGACCUGUGUCAUUGCCAACAAAGGGUAUAUAACAAAGUAUUGAGAAACUUUUGUUAUUGACCAAAUACUUAUUUUCCACCAUAAUUUGCAAAUAAAUUCAUUAAAAAUCCUACAAUGUGAUUUUCAGGAUUUUUUUUUCUCAUUUUGUCUGUCAUAGUUGACGUGUACCUAUGAUUAAAAUUACAGGCCUCUCUCAUCUUUUUAAGUGGGAGAACUUGCACAAUUGGUGGCUGACUAAAUACUUUUUUCCCCACUGUAGAUAGUAAACAAAAGUGAAAUAAACAAUAAAUAUUAACAGUAAACAUUACACUCAGAAGUUCCAAAAGAAUAAAGACAUUUCAAAUGUCAUAUUAUGUAUAUAUACAGUGUUGUAGCAAUGUGCAAAUAGUUAAAGUACAAAUGGGAAAAUAAAUAAACAUAAAUAUGGGUUGUAUUUACAGUGGUGUUUGUUCUUCACUGGUUGCCCUUUUCUUGUGGCAACAGGUCACAAAUCUUGCUGCUGUGAUGGCUCCCUCUCCCUUUGCCUCUUUCCCUCCUCUCCUUCCCCGUUUUCCAUUUCUCCCUCCUUUUCCACUUGUCUCUCUCCAUGUGUGUUCCAGGAUGGAGGAGUCUUUGUGUCUUUCUGCACUGCGGUCUCAGUUCUACUCUGUACCAGCAGGGGGGGCCUUCCCUCACCUCCACCCCGCUGCCCUCCACAUGCACCUGCCUGGGGCACGCUACCCUGGGGAGUUCAGCCACACACAUAGUGCACUGGCUGAGAGGUACAGUAACACACACGCUAAUAACACCCACACACACACACAUACCUGCACCUGCCCUGAGGGCUGCUACCUUUGGAAGCUCAACCACACACAUCACACUGGCUGAGAGGUGUUACACUCAUACAUGCACACACACACACGGUUGGUAAUCUCUCUGCAGGAAAGGCACAGGUUGCUGACUGUUAUAUUUUUAGAACACACCCCACCAUGCUACCAUACACAUCACAAACACAAACCAAUACACACAUCAGUGUGUGUGUGUUUAUCCUGUGGUUACCUAUGAAUUGUUGAUCUGCUCUUGCUCACUCAUGCUGUGUAUGUCUUAUAUGGUGUGUGUGUGUGUGUAUGUCUUAUAUGGUGUGUGUGUGUGUGUGUGUAUGUAUGUCUUAUAUGGUGUGUGUGUGUGUGUGUGUGUGUGUGUGUGUGUGUGUGUGUGUGUGUGUGUGUGUGUGUGUGUGUGUGUGUGCAAGCGCAUGUGUGUGCAUAGGUGUGUGUGUUUAACAGUGUGUGGUUAAUCUGCCCCAUGGUGGGUGUUGCAUCUCUCACCCUCUCUCCCCUGUGUCCUUGGUGUGUGUGUGUGUGUGUGUGUGUGUGUGUAUUUUUUUACCUCCCCCACAGAACACAGAUGGAGGAAGAGCUUCGCCAACGAGAGAGGGAGCGAGAGCGUGAACGAGAGAAACAGAGGGAGCGUGAGCUGGAACAGGAGAGAGAGAAGGAGCGGGAGAGAGAGAGGGAGACAGAGAUGGAAAGACAGAAAGAUAGGCAGAGGGAGAGAGAGAGGGAGAGAGAGAGGGAGAGAGAGAGGGAGAGAGAGAGGGAGAGGGAGAGACAGAUGGUGAGAGCGGUGAAGAGCCAGUACCUUGCUGGGCUGAAGGCUCUCACGGCUCUGCCGGAGGACAGGGUCAGACCUGGGGAGAGGCUGACACCUAACAGACUGGGUACGGUGUACACACACAGAUACACACACACACACAGUAUAGACGCAAUGCACACACAUUGAUUGGUUGAUUUCCCGUUAAUUAAGCACAAGUAGAGCCUGAUCACCAUCCAUAUCAUGCUUUAUAACAUCCAUAAUGUAUUUCAAAGUGUGUUCUAAAAAUAAAAUGAAGCAUUCAUUAUAAUACCUAAUCUAUUUUCCCCAGAUAAGCCCACCCUCCCUGCCCUCCCAGUACCUAAACCUCUUCAGCCAGGCCUCCAGUCAGCCCCUCACCUCAUGCCCAGCCUGGUGCCCUCUCAGACGGGGAACACACACACUGCCUCAGCCUCUUCCGGGGGGCUCCAUGGAACACUGGCCUCUGCCGUGAUGCUCCAACAGGCCAAUGGGGAGGAGCGCAGGUUGGCACGGCAACGCCGGCAGGGACAGGAGAGGGAGGUGUGGCCACCUGUGGAAGGGGUGGAGCCUAGGAGAGACAGCUACAGGUCAGUGUUUAAUCAGACAAGGAACAAGCAGUUGAGAAAGGUGGGGUUGACCUGUGUGUGUGCGUUCGUUCAAUAACACUACAGUAUCCUCCGAGUCAGUACUCUCUCUACUCUGCUGACAUCUACUUUUAAAAUGGCUGCAUCAUCAAGGUCAACUUGGAUAAAACCCAGAGUGUGUGUUUGUGUGUGACUACAUUGUGUUUGUUGUCUUCACAGGUCCAACGUCAGCCAACGUGACACAGGCAAUAGAGAGUCUCAACCCCACCUAGGAGCCCCACCUCCACUCAUCUCACCCAAACAUCACCCUCACCUCCUUCCCCACCCCCCUGCCCCUCCCACCACCCUCUGGAACCCUGCCUCCCUCACUGAGACCCCCCCAGACCCCCAUCGCAGGUUCGACUCCCCUGUUCCUCCAUCUCGCUCCCCUCCUGGCCUGACCAGAACCGAACGGUCCCCCAGCUGGGAGAGGGUGGAGGAUAGGUGCAGGAAGAUGGGGAAGGGCCCAGAGAGGUUCUCGUCUGUCAGGGGACCCAUUCUGCAGGAGCCUGGCCUCUGGGGCAUGGCUGAGCUCGAAGGAUCCACUCACAGUCUCCACCACCACCAUAACCACCACCAUAACCACCUCCACCAGAGGGGCUCGCUGUCCCUCUCCUCCCCCAGCCCCAGCUCCAACCUGGGUGUCCAGCGCCAGGCCAGCUCCCCAUCUCCCACCAUGGACCUCCAGAGGUCUGAACGGCCAGGCCAAGAGCCUCAGAACCCAGUGGUGUACGAUGAGAUUCUCCAGCAGCACCGCAGGCUGGUCAGCAAGCUGGACCUGGAGGAGAGCAGGAGGAGAGAGGCCAGGGAAGGAGGUAAGAAGAGAGGGGACAGGAUGUAAGAGAGAGGGAGGUGAGGAGAGGGGGUUUUCAGAGUGUAUGAGAUGAGAUCUGGUGUGGUCUUUAACAUAAAUAUUGUCUGUGCUCUCUCUCUCACUCUCUCUCUUACUCACUCUCUAAUUUUCUCCAUCUCUCUCUCUCUCUCUUACUCUCUCUCACUCUCUCUCUCACUCUCUCUUUCUCUCUCAUUUUCUCCGUCUCUCUCUCUCUCUAACUCCCACUCCCUCUCUCCAUCCAUCUCUCUCUCUCUCCAUCCAUCUCUCUCUCUCUCUCUCUCUCUCUCUUCACCAGGGUAUUACUAUGAUCUAGAUGAGUCAUAUGAUGAGAGUGAUGAGGAGGAGGUGAGAGCCCACCUCAGAAGGGUAGCAGAGCAGCCCCCCUUAAAACUGGACACAUCCUCAGAGGUAACUUCCACGCACGCACACUUAAGAAUCGUCACGUCCUCUUAAUAUAACGUUGUUUGAUUGUUAAUUCACUGUAAUCUGUCUUUUGUAGAAGGUGUGUUUUCUGCGUGUGUGUGGCCUGACCACGCUGGCCCAUCGUGACCAGCUGCUUCACCAGAAGAGGAGGAAGAGGAGGAGGAUGUUGAGAGAGCGCAGCACCUCCCCUCCGGCAGUACGAGGCAAGAGGAAGACCCCUCCGCCUCCUGUGGCACCCGCUCCCCCCCUCAGCACCACUCUCACCCCAGAGGAGAUGAACUGCACCCCCCACCUGGAGGACAAGAAAGACUUCCUCAACAUGUUCAGCCUGUCCCAUGUGACCAGCCAGCAGAGGAGAGGUAACAUACACUACACUAACCCCUAUACACUACACCCUAGCUCUUUUUCUCCAACCCCUAACCACUACACCCUGGUGUACUGUAAUGCUAUAUCCCAGGGGUAUUCAAAUCUUACUCUAAGACGUCCAGAGUACCGCUGGUUUUCUUUUCUACCUGAUAAUUAAUUGGUGUCCCAGGUCUAAAUCAGUCUCCCCCCCCCCCCCCCUCUCUCUCUAGAUAAGGAGAAGAUGGAGGGGUUGCUGAAGGCUAUAAAGCUGAAGAGUGUGACGUUGGACACCAUCAGAUACAACCCAUUACCCCUCUAUAGAAGCCCCCCUGUUUCCCCAACUGGUAAGACAAACAAACACACACACACACACACAAAGGGUAACACCCAUGAGAUCCUUAUACUGCGUUUAUGUUUAUGUUAUCAGGUGAAUCGAACGGACUCCACUACCCAGACUCCCCAAGCCCCUCGCCCCCCUACCCCCACCCCCCCCAACAACCUCUACACAGACCCGCUAAAACCCUCCACCCCUCCACCCCGCCAACCCCCUCCCCUGGCCCCCAAACCCAACAGUAAAGGAUUGGGCGGAGGUCACCCAGCUAAGAGGCUCCAGGACCUCCAGAAUGGAGCAGGCCACCCUGGCCAUCAUCCUCAACAGAAGGUGCCCCUGGCUGUGCGGAACGGGCAGAACAAGCCAUGGGAAAGAUUCAUCCCGAAGGACUUCCACCAGACUGCGUUACAGUCUACCCACAAGACACUGGGUGGCUCCACCUGCUUUCCCGAGUCCAGUAUAAAGUCUGAGCCGUCAGCGCCCUACCACAUCCCCCCACUGAAGAGACCAGCCCUCCUCAACACAUCCCCACACCCCAUCAACGGGCAUCACCCUUACCCCUCUCCACCCCACCAUGACCCCCUUUGCGUACGGGACGAGCUGUCAGAGGAAGAGGAUGAUGAAGAGGAGGAGGGGGACGCCCCUAGGAAGUGGAGGGGCAUAGAGUCAGUCUUUGAGGCUUAUCAGGAGUAUGUGGAUGGUGAGUUUACCUUUGGGCUUUAUUUGGGAUGAGUCAAAUAAAAAUAAAUGUGUUUCAUCUACAAAUAUGUUUGUUUUUUAUGUUUUUGUCUCAUUUGCUCCCCCCCCCCCCCCCCCCCCCCCCCCCCACACACACUUUCUCACCCUCUAUGCCGCUCUCCCUAUCGGUCUUCCUCUCUCUCCCUCUAUGACCCCAUGUCUCCCCUUUACCAUCCUGUCGCUCUCUCUAUAUCUCUCUUCCCCCCUCUCUCUCUCUCUUAGAGCGGGGUAUGGAGAGACAGGUUCUUCACAGUCAGUGCCGGAGGCUGGAGACUCAGAACUACACUCUCAGUCUGACAGCUGAACAACUCUCACACAGCAUGGCGGUAAGAACCUCAAGGCCUAUAUAUCCACAAAGUGUCUCAGAGUAGGAGUGCUGAUAUAGGAUCUGUCCAUACAAUCUUAUUUAUUAUGAUCUAAAAGUGAAAACUAAAGCUUGAUAAGCACUCUGACUGACUGUCUGUCUGUCUGUCUGUUUCUGUCUACACUGAUGUGCUUUGUUCAACCACACUCUCACUCUUUUAGUAACGCUCUCGCUCUUUAUCGCUCUCUUGCUCCCAUCCCUCUUUCUCUCUCUCUAGGAGCUGGUGAGUCAGAGACAGAGGGUGAGAGAUGAGAGAGAGAGGCUGCAGGCUCAGCUGGAGCUCUUCAGGAAGUGUCUGACCAUUCCCAACGUGCACUGGGGCAAGGGGCAGGCCAAAGGUUGCCCCUCCCCGGUGACCCCCUGCCCUGCUCCAGACCGACAGACAGACAGACAGACAGACCGACGACCAAUGACCGAUGGAGAGAGAGAGGACACUGAACUGGUUCCCAGUCUGAGGCAGAGAGGGAAGAGAGCUCUGGACUGGGAAGGAAGAGAGGAUGAUAGAAAAGAAGGAGGGAGAAAAGGAGGACAGGCUCUGUAG